AUUUGCUUCCAGGCUGUUGGCUUGGAUUCUCAGUCGGAUUAUGGGAGCAUCUGUUACAUUUCGGGUUGGUGGAUGGAAAUGUUUGAGGGAUGUUGUUGUGAAGUUCAACAAGGGUGCUGUUGAAUCUGUUUCUGUUGGUGAGAUCAGACUCAGCUUACGGCAGUCAUUGGUUAAACUCGGGGUUGGUUUCAUUUCUAGGGAUCCGAAACUACAGGUAUUAAUAUGUGACUUAGAAGUUGUGAUGAGGUCUUCAAAUAGAAGAUUCGAGAAAACCAGAUCUCGGAGAUCUCGCAGUUCGGGCAGAGGAAAGUGGAUGGUUGUGGCCAACAUAGCGAGAUUUUUGUCAGUUUCUGUGACAGAGUUGGUUGUGAAGAUGCCAAAAGCUACUAUUGAAGUUAAAGAACUAAGAAUGGACAUAUCUAAAGAUGGUGGAUCCAGACCGGCCCUGUUUGUUAAGCUACACCUUUUACCUAUCACUGUUCACUUGGGUGAACCGCAGGUUAGUUGUGAUCACUCAUCCAAUUUUAACAAUGGUGGAUGUGUUCCUGCUAGCCAAACAUCCUUCGCCAUGAUGGAGAGGGCCUCUGCCCCUUUCAGCUGUGAAGAAUUCUCUAUAUCAUGUGAGUUUGGGCAUGAUAGGAAAGCGGGUGUAGUUGUUAAGAACGUGGACAUCAAGAGUGGAGAAGUCACUUUAAGCUUAAAUGAGGAGAUGUUUCUUAAGAAGAAGAGUUCAUCUGAUGCCUUUUCUCACAUUGACGAAGUUUUAGGAUCUACCGUUGAAUCUGAUGAUGCUAAAAAGCCACACAAAAAACAGAUAUCAAUUUCGGCAAUCACAAAGUACACUUCUAUGUUCCCAGAAAAGGUCUCCUUCAUUUUACCAAAAUUGGAUGUGAAGUUUGUUCAUCGGGUACAUGAUCUUGCUGUCGAGAAUAAUAUCAUGGGUGUCCAAUUGAAAAGCGUCAAGUCUCAAACAAUUGAAGAUGUGGGGGAGAGUACGCGCCUUGAUAUUCAAUUGGAUUUCAGUGAGAUUCAUCUUUGUAGAGAAGCUGGCGCUUCUAUCGUGGAGAUACUAAAACUCGAUGUUGUUUCUUCAGUUUACAUCCCAUUGCAGCCUACCUCACCAAUCAGGUCUGAAAUUGAUGUUAAGCUUGGGGGUACCCAAUGCAACCUAAUAAUGAGUAGAUUAAAGCCAUGGAUGCGCCUGCGUUCCACAAAUAACAGGAAAAUGGUGCUUCGUGAGGACAGGUCUAGUCUUGAAAGGCCACAGUCAGCUGACAUUAAAGCCAUCAUGUGGACAUGCACUCUCUCAGCCCCAGAAAUGACUAUUGUGAUUUAUAAUUUGAGUGAUUCACCGCUGUAUCAUCCUACCUCACCAAUCAGGUCUGAAAUUGAUGUUAAGCUUGGGGGUACCCAAUGCAACCUAAUAAUGAGUAGAUUAAAGCCAUGGAUGCGCCUGCGUUCCACAAAUAACAGGAAAAUGGUGCUUCGUGAGGACAGGUCUAGUCUUGAAAGGCCACAGUCAGCUGACAUUAAAGCCAUCAUGUGGACAUGCACUCUCUCAGCCCCAGAAAUGACUAUUGUGAUUUAUAAUUUGAGUGAUUCACCGCUGUAUCAUGGCUGCUCACAGUCAUCACAUUUCUUUGCCAACAACAUAUCGAGUUCGGGCACUGCAGUACACGUGGAACUUGGCGAAGUAAAUUUGCACAUGGCAGAUGAAUAUCAUGAAUGUUUAAAAGAAAGCCUGUUCGGCGUGGAAUCAAAUACGGGUUCCUUAAUGCAUAUAGCAAAGAUUAGUCUUGAUGGGGGCAAGAAGGACAUGGAUUCACUUGAGGAGGAUGUUGCCAAGUAUAAAUCAGUUCUCUGCGUUGAUGUAACUGGUAUGGGUGUGUACCUGAACCUCAAGCGUGUUGAGUCGUUAAUAUCAACUGCAUUGUCCUUUAUGGGUUUGUUGAAACAUCUAUCUGCUUCUGGUAGAAAACCAGCACAUAGUCGCGGAGAGCGUCCAACCAGACCAUCUGGGAAAGGGACACAACUCAUAAAAUUUAACCUUGAACGGUGUUUUUUAAAUUUCUGCGGUGAGGUGGGCUUGGAAAACUCAGUUGUUGCAGACCCCAAACGUGUGAAUUAUGGUUCACAUGGUGGUCGAGUUUUAAUAAGUACCUCAACUGAUGGGUCGCUGCGUACUGCAAACAUAAUGUCCACCAUGUCUGAUGAGUGCCAGAAGCUAAAGUACUCUAUUUCCCUCGACAUUUUCCAUUUCAGUCUGAGCAUGAACAAGGAGAAACAGUCCACACAGAUGGAGCUUGAAAGGGCCAAAUCUAUAUAUCUGGAAUAUUUGAAAGAUACUAGUCCUGGCACCAAAGUGGUUUUGCUUGACAUGCAAAAUGCAAAAUUUGUACGGCGAGCUGGUGGUCUUAAGGAGAUUUCAGUGUGCUCUCUUUUUAGUGCUACAGAUAUCACUGUCAGGUGGGAGCCUGAUGUCCAUAUAGCACUAUUUGAACUCAUGUUGCACUUGAAAGUAAUAAUACACAAUCAGAAGCUUCAGGAACGUGAUAGUAUACUUAUGGAAGACAUCUCCAGCAUGAGAGAUACUGAACAGAAGAAAGAAACCCCUAUGGAAUCGGUACAACUUGAAAAACAAUGCAAGAAAAGGGAAUCUGUUUUUGCUAUUGAUGUUGAGGUGUUGAAUAUUUUUGCCGAGGUUGGUGACGGGGUUGAUGCCAUGAUGCAGGUUCAGUCUAUUUUUUCUGAGAAUGCCCGUAUAGGGGUGCUUCUUGAAGGACUUAUGCUCCGUUUCAAUGGAGCAAGAGUAUUUAAAAGUAGUAGAAUGCAAAUUUCUCGCAUUCCCAGUGCCUCUAGUAGUUUUUCAUCGGAUGCAAAACUUGCUGCAGCCACUACAUGGGAUUGGGUAAUACAAGCCAUUGAUGUUCAUAUUUGCAUGCCCUACAGGUUGCAGUUGCGUGCCAUUGAUGAUUCCAUUGAAGAAAUGUUGCGAGCUUUGAAGCUUAUUACUGCUUCCAAGACUAAACUUAUAUUUCCGAUGAAGGGAGAGAGUACAAAACCUAAAAAGCCUAGUUCAACGAAAUUUGGAUGUGUAAAAUUUUGCAUACGUAAGCUAACUGCAGACAUUGAGGAAGAACCAAUACAGGGUUGGUUUGAUGAGCACUACCAGCUUUUGAAGAAUGAGGCUUCUGAAUUAGCCGUGAGGUUGAAUUUUCUUGAUGAAAUAAUUUCCAAAGGCAGCCAAGGUUCCCGAACUGCUGAAACAAAUGAUUCUACCCACGAAGAUAAGAUUCAUUUUAAUGAAGAUGAGAUUGAUGUCCAUGAUGCUUCAGCUAUUCAAAAAUUGCAAGAGGAGAUCUAUAAGCAGUCUUUCCGGUCGUAUUAUCAGGCAUGUCAAAAUCUUGUGCCAUCAGAAGGAUCAGGGUCCUGUAGUGAAGAGUUUCAGGCUGGUUUCAACCCUAGCACUGCCCGAACUUCUCUAUUUUCCAUUUCUGCCACAGAGUUUGAUUUAAGCUUGACAAGAAUUGAAGGUGGUGAUGAUGGGAUGAUAAAGGUUCUACAGCAGCUUGAUCCAGUUUGUUUGGAGUAUAACAUCCCAUUUUCUCGAUUGUAUGGGUGUAAUAUUCUUUUGCAUACAGGUUCUCUCGCUGUCCAUGUGAGAAAUUACACAUAUCCACUUUUUUCUGCAACUUCUGGUAGAUGUGAAGGUCGGGUUGUGCUAGCUCAGCAGCUAACUGCAGACAUUGAGGAAGAACCAAUACAGGGUUGGUUUGAUGAGCACUACCAGCUUUUGAAGAAUGAGGCUUCUGAAUUAGCCGUGAGGUUGAAUUUUCUUGAUGAAAUAAUUUCCAAAGGCAGCCAAGGUUCCCGAACUGCUGAAACAAAUGAUUCUACCCACGAAGAUAAGAUUCAUUUUAAUGAAGAUGAGAUUGAUGUCCAUGAUGCUUCAGCUAUUCAAAAAUUGCAAGAGGAGAUCUAUAAGCAGUCUUUCCGGUCGUAUUAUCAGGCAUGUCAAAAUCUUGUGCCAUCAGAAGGAUCAGGGUCCUGUAGUGAAGAGUUUCAGGCUGGUUUCAACCCUAGCACUGCCCGAACUUCUCUAUUUUCCAUUUCUGCCACAGAGUUUGAUUUAAGCUUGACAAGAAUUGAAGGUGGUGAUGAUGGGAUGAUAAAGGUUCUACAGCAGCUUGAUCCAGUUUGUUUGGAGUAUAACAUCCCAUUUUCUCGAUUGUAUGGGUGUAAUAUUCUUUUGCAUACAGGUUCUCUCGCUGUCCAUGUGAGAAAUUACACAUAUCCACUUUUUUCUGCAACUUCUGGUAGAUGUGAAGGUCGGGUUGUGCUAGCUCAGCAGAAAUCAAGGGAAACAAGUCCUAGUGAUCAAUCUCCUACAAAGUCUGACAAGGAAUUGACAAUUAGUGAGGAUCUGUCUGCUACAUGUUUUCAGCCCCAGAUUCACCAAAACGUUUUCAUUGGUAGAUGGAGGAAGGUGUGCUUACUUCGUUCAGCUAGUGGCACAACUCCACCCAUGAAAACAUAUUCAGAUUUGCCCAUACAUUUUCAGAAAGCAGAAGUUUCCUAUGGAGUGGGUUUUGAACCAGCUUUUGCGGAUGUGAGCUAUGCUUUUACUGUGGCUCUUCGCAGGGCAAAUUUAAGUACUAGGAAUCCAAAUGCUUCAGAUAUUCAACCGCCAAAAAAGGAAAGAAGCUUGCCAUGGUGGGAUGAGAUGAGAAACUAUAUUCAUGGGAACAUUAAUUUAUUCUUCUCUGAAACCCGAUGGAAUGUUCUUGCUACUACUGAUCCUUAUGAGAAGUGUGACAAACUUCAAAUGGUAUCUGGUCUUAUGGAAAUCCAGCAGUCAGAUGGCCGUGUUUACGUUUCGGCUAAGGAUUUCAAGAUUUUAUUGAGCAGUUUGGAGAGUCUGCUCAACAAUUGUGGCUUAAAAUGUCCCACUGGCACGAGUGGUGCUUUCUUAGAGGCCCCGGCCUUUACUGUUGAAGUUACAAUGGAUUGGGAAUGUGAUUCUGGCAAUCCCUUAAACCAUUAUCUGUAUGCACUUCCAAAUGAAGGUGUUCCUCGUGAGAAAGUUUUUGAUCCCUUUAGAUCUACCUCUCUCUCCCUGCGGUGGAAUCUCUCACUUAGACCGUCCCUUGCCUCACUUGAAAAUCAAUCACAAUCCUCAACCAUGGGAGAUAAUUCUCUCCUUGAUGGAGCUAUCUAUGGUCCAUUUAAGUCUGAGAAUUUGACAAUUGAUUCACCAAGCGCAAAUGUUGGUCCUCAUGAUUUAGCAUGGCUAAUAAAAUUCUGGAAUAUGAAUUACCUUCCUCCUCAUAAAUUGCGGACCUUUUCUAGGUGGCCUCGUUUUGGAAUUCCAAGAAUUGCCAGAUCAGGCAAUCUGUCUUUAGACAAGGUGAUGACAGAAUUUAUGUUCCGGAUUGAUUCAACUCCAGCUUGUGUAAGGCAUAUGGCUUUAGAGGAUGAUGACCCGGCCAAAGGGUUGGCAUUUAAGAUGACAAAGCUAAAACAUGAAAUGUGUUAUAGUCGAGGUAAGCAAAAAUAUACAUUUGAAUGCAAACGUGAUCCUCUUGAUCUUGUUUAUCAGGGUCUUGAUCUUCACAUGCCUAAGGCAUAUGUAAAUAAAGAUUGUAUGAGUGUUGCAAAAGUAGUUCAAAGCACAAGAAAAAGUUCACAGUCCACAUCCACGGACAGAGUUAUGAGUGAAAAAUGUGGCUGCAUGAGCAGCAUCACCGAGAGGCAUCGUGAUGAUGGAUUUCUGUUAUCAUCUGAUUAUUUUACCAUCAGAAGGCAAGCCCCAAAGGCUGACCCUUCAAGGUUGUUAGCAUGGCAAGAAGCUGGAAGAAGAAAUCUUGAGAUGACAUAUGUCAGGUCUGAAUUUGAAAAUGGGAGUGAGAGUGAUGAACAUACGCGUUCUGACCAUAGUGGAGAUGAGGGAUAUAAUGUUGUAAUAGCCGACAAUUGUCAGCGCAUUUUUGUUUAUGGCCUUAAGCUUUUAUGGACUCUUGAGAAUAGAGAUGCUGUUUGGUCCUGGGUUGGUGGAAUAUCCAAGGCAUUUGAGCCUCCAAAGCCUUCUCCUUCUCGGCAAUAUGCCCAGAGAAAGUUGGUCGAGGAGAACCAGAUACUGGAUAAACCUGAAACACUACAAGAUGAUGUGUCAAAGCCCCAUUUUGUCAGUCAUGAUGCGAAUUUCCCUUCUCCACAACCUGUGGAGGCUUCAGGAUCAAUUCCAUCUCCAGUUCAAUCAAAUAUAGUUGAAAAUCCAUCAUUGGGUGAAGGUGCAAAGAAUGGCAAUAAUGAUGACUCUAAAGAGGGAACUGGUCAUUUCAUGGUCAAUGUUAUUGAGCCACAAUUCAAUCUUCACUCGGAAGAAGCUAAUGGUAGAUUUCUGCUUGCUGCUGUUAGUGGCCGUGUUUUAGCUCGUUCAUUUCAUUCAGUUCUUCAUGUUGGCUAUGAGAUGAUUGAACAAGCACUUGGCCCAGGAAAUUUACAUGUUCCUGAAUGUCAACCUGAAAUGACGUGGAACCGCAUGGAGGUUUCAGUAAUGUUGGAGCAUGUGCAGGCUCAUGUUGCCCCAACUGAUGUUGAUCCAGGGGCUGGACUACAGUGGCUUCCAAGAAUUCGUAGGAGCUCACCCAAAGUAAAGCGUACCGGAGCUUUACUUGAAAGAGUGUUUAUGCCUUGUGACAUGUACUUCCGCUAUACAAGGCACAAAGGCGGAACUGCAGAUUUGAAGGUGAAGCCCUUGAAAGAGCUUACUUUCAAUUCUGACAAUAUAACGGCAACAAUGACUUCUCGUCAAUUUCAGGUCAUGCUAGAUGUGUUGACUAAUCUUCUUUUUGCUCGGCUUCCGAAGCCUCGAAAAAGUAGUCUUUCAUAUCCAGCUGAAGAUGAUGAAGAUGUUGAAGAGGAGGCAGAUGAGGUGGUUCCUGACGGUGUUGAAGAGGUAGAACUAGCAAGAGUCAACGUUGAACAGAAAGAAAGGAUGAAAAAGUUGAUCAUUGUUGACAUUAGGAAACUAUCUCUUCGUAGUGAUAUUUCUGGAGACCUAUAUCCUGAAAAGGAAGGCGAUCUAUGGAUGGUAACUGGUGGAAGAUCCACAUUGAUUUUUACUAUGGCUUCCAACGAGGAGGCAGCAGUUCAGGAGUACUUCUCUAGGGGUGGCGGCAGCAUUGUGGCGCUGAAAGGGGGAGUACCUGAAAGCAACAUGAUGAGAUGGCCCGUGGAGAAAAGUAGUAACUUUAUGGUAAGAUCAUAUUACAAGACAUAUCUCCUUGAAAAGGGAUUGAAUUCCAAGGCCCUGCCUGAGAGUAGUCCUAGGGGACCCUUCAUUCCUGUUUCUUCUUCUCCACACCCCCUUCUGCUGGGGCAGAUGAUGUUAGCUGAUGUCCAUUUGCCUGCAACAGUGGAUGUGUAUGCUGUGCACAGACUAAAGAAAGAGCUAAGAAAUGCACAAAAAUCGAGAAAGGCCGCAUCUGCUUCUUUAAGGAUAGCUCUGCAGAAAGCUGCACAACUGCGACUUAUGGAAAAAGAGAAGAACAAGAGUCCAUCCUAUGCCAUGCGCAUUUCCUUGCAAAUUCAUAAAGUGGUUUGGGGCAUGCUUGUAGAUGGUAGAUCGUUUGCUGAAGCUGAGAUAAAUGACCUGAUAUAUGAUUUUGACAGGGAUUACAAAGAUGUUGGUGUUGCUCGGUUUACAACAAAGUAUUUUGUUGUGAGAAACUGUCUGCCCAAUGCCAAGUCUGAUAUGCUUCUAUCAGCAUGGAAUCCUCCUCCUGAAUGGGGAAAGAAAGUGAUGCUUCGCGUGGAUGCAAAGCAGGGAGCUCCAAAGGAUCGGAACUCUCCUCUUGAACUAUUUCAGCCAAUCUGGUCCAUACCCCGUACCAUGAGGGCCAUAUUUGGUUCAGGGAGACCUGUUGCCUCAUAA